AGCCACCCGCUACCCUGCUCCAAUCCAGAGGUCUACCUUUUGUGGUAGGGGAGGCAGGUUGGGGAAAGAGGAAAUUCGUUUGGAUAAAGUGGUGGCUACUGGGACCUGCAGGCGACCGGGGCUCAGGAGGGAGGUCCUGACCUGCCACUUAAAGACAGAAGGAGGAGCCUGAAGAGACUGGACAGAAGAGGAGGGAGGACAAGGGGCUCAGUGCCGCGGACGCUACGUCGGGCUCUGCGGAGCUCUCUGGCUGCUGAGCCGCGACCAUGGGCAACACGCAGGAACGGCCCUCGGAGACCAUCGAGCGCGAGCGGAAACGCCUGGUAGAGUCGUUGCAGGCGGACUCCGGGCUGCUGCUGGACGCCCUGGUGGCGCGGGGCGUGCUCACCGGGCCCGAGUACGAGGCUCUGGACGCCCUGCCGGACGCGGAGCACAGGGUGCGCCGCCUGCUGCUGCUGGUGCAGAGCAAGGGCGACGCCGCCUGCCAGGAGUUGCUGCGCUGCGCCCAGCAUGCCGUGCGCGCGCCCGACCCGACCUGGGACUGGCAGCACGUGGGCCCGGGCUACCGGGACCGCAGCUACGACCCGCCAUGCCCAGGCCACUGGACGCCAGAAGCACCCAGUUCGGGGACCACAUGUCCUGGUCUGCCCAGAGCUUCUGAUCACUACCAAGACGGGGGUCCAGAGGGCUCAGAGGCGGUGCAAUCCGGCACUCCAGAGGAACCAGAGCCAAAUUUGGAAGCUGAGGCUUCUGCGGAGCCGGAGCCAGAACCCCAAAUGGACCCUGAACAAGAACCAGAGCCUGAACUGGAGCCAGAGCCGGAGCCCGAUGAUCCCGAGCCCGAGCCCGAUCCAGAGCCGGAGCCUGACUCCCAGGAGGGAGACGAGUCCGAAGAUUACUGAAGGCCAGAGUGCUGAUCUGGUGUUUCCCAUUAUGCCCAAGCCUGAUAAGACCUGGGACCCAGCCAGAGUUGGAUGUAAUACCACCAAGGCUCCAUCAUCUAGCCUGUUGGAAGUGAAUAAACUCCGGAGGGUAAGCCUG